CAUCGUGUUGAAUAGGUAGCUGUUUUGGCAUCUGUCAAUUGUAUUCUAGGUUUUGGAAGUAAUAAAUUAUUUAAUUCUUGGUUCUGUUUUGUUUGCAAAUAGUCAACUCAAUUUAACUUUUUGAGCCAAAAAUGUGAAUAUAUAUUUGUUUAUCGGUUAAUUUGUUACAAAUAUCAAGAAUUGAUUUAGUUAGGAAAAUAACAAUUAAAAAAUAUAUAUCCACCUAUCCUCUCUAACCUCAUUCCUCCAAGUCGUUUUCGGAAGAAGAAAAAACAAACGAACAAAAGCUGAAACAUGAACAUUAUUGACGCAGAUUCACCACAAUAUAAAGUAUUAGAAGCGUUGCAAUGUUUGUGCAGCCAAAAUGCAAACCUUUUAAAGCAAAACGAAACAAAAUUGGCGGAAUGGGAAACGCAGACCGGCUUUUAUACAACCAUUACACAUAUUAUUUUUGCGUUUCAAAAUGUUGAAACGAAUGUUCGGUGGAUGGCAACUGUCUACUUGAAAAAUGGCGUCUUAAAAUACUGGAGAAAAAACGCACCAAACGCAAUCUCUGAUAGUGAGAAGAGAGAUAUAAAAGCUUUAUUGCUAUGUCAAUCUUUCAAAGAGCCGGUUCCACAAAUUGCAAUCCAAUUAGCUCUGCUUAUUGGUAACAUAUCUAGAACUGACUAUCCACAUGACUGGAACGAGCUCAUGCCACGAUUGAACGAAGUGAUUGGAUCAACGGAUUCACUACAUCAGCAUCGUGGCCUUUUGAUUCUGCUGCAAGUAGUUAAAGUAUUAGCGUCCAAGCGCCUGAGAAACGACCGUCGAAUAUUCAAGGAACUUAGCUAUCAGUUAUAUUCCUGUGUUUUUCAAUUGUGGAACCAAUAUACGCAGUCUUUCUUUCAAAGUCUCGAUGAAAAUACUACGUUGGAUACAAAUUAUUCACACUUGGAGAAAGCACUCGUAACCCUACGAACUAUGCGGAAGCUCACCAUUUACGGUGUUACUGAGCCAACAAGUUUUGAACCAUGCAUGGUCUUCAUGAACUCAAUUAUUCCAUGCCUGAACAAAAUCUUGGAGUAUCGGUUCCGUUUGUUGGAAAUGCAACAACAACAACGCAUGAACAAUAGCGCUGGAAAUGUACCAAUGUUGGGGCAGUUGAUCGAAUUGAUUGAGAAAUUCGUAUUGAAAUUUAUGAAAAUUUUGUACGAAUAUUUGGAUAUGCACACGAAAUAUUUCAUCGACCUAUUGCCAGCUUCAUUAGAAUUUGCCUUUAACUAUGUAUUUUAUACGGGAACUCGUUUGAUCUUUGACGCCAAUAACCAAAUAAAUUUUCCAAAUUUUGCAAUUCAUUGCAUCAACCUGAUGAAGCACAUCGCCAUGAAAACCUCCACUGAGGAUGAUGCUCCAAUAAAAACCGACGCGAAAAAUAAAUUUUUCACGGUCGAAAGAUUAAGUUAUAUCAGCGAGAAAAUAAUCACAUACUAUUUCUUGCUAACGCCCAAGGAUCUUGUCCAAUGGGAUGACGACCCUGAGAAUUAUGCUUGCGAUGAAGUGGGAGAAUCAUGGAACUACGAUCUGCGCCCAUGCACAGAAUCGUUCUACCUUACACUUUUUAAUCAAUACAGACCCGAUAUGACAGUUGAUUUGGUCAAAUUGAUACGCAAAGCACAGGAAAACACUUUGCAUCAAGGCUCCGAGAUGAAGGACAUAUUUCUUAAAGACGCCAUUUACAAGGCAGCUGGACUAUCGUCGUUCAACUUAUUCGAUGAGAUUAACUUCGAUGAAUGGUUCACUAAUCAAUUGCUACAAGAACUCACACUUACAAGUGGAACUAAUUUCCGUAUAAUUCGACGUCGUAUAAUUUGGUUGAUUGGACAAUGGACGAGUGUUAAAUUUGAUCAAAGUCUCCGACCAAAGGUGUACGAAGUGUGUCUCCAUUUACUACAGCCCAAUGAAGAUAUAUGCGUCCGUUUGUCCGCUACAAAAGCGCUUAUGAGCACUUUAAGUGAUUUCGAAUUUGAUUCUGCACAGUUCGAAGACUAUGUGCAGCAUACCUUUUCAUCGUUGUUUACACUUCUAAGAGAAGCUAAAGAAUGUGAAACCAAAAUGGCAGUGUUGAAUGUGAUGUCGGUCGUUGUGGAUAAAAUGGGAGAUAAAUUAUCAAAAGACGCGGAAAGUCUAUGCCAUUAUUUACCAAUGCUCUGGAAUGAAAGUCAAGAUCACAAUAUGCUACGAUGCGCCAUUCUGUCAGCCUUAUUGCAAAUUAUCGUAGCCAUUUCCGAUAUUCCUCCAUUCCUAGCAUCAUUUCUCUAUCCAGUAAUUGCAUUGAGUACGGACAAAGAAGAACCGUCGCAUAUAUACUUUUUGGAAGAUGCUUUAGAAUUGUGGCUUGUUGUAGUUCAAAAUAGUACUACAUUGACGCCAGAACUAUUACAGUUGAGUUCGAAUUUAUUGCCAGUCAUUGAAAAUUCCUCUGAAUAUAUUCGGACAGUGUUCAGUAUAAUACAAGCUUAUAUAUUAUUGGAUGCGGAGAUCUAUUUACAACAUCAUGGGAAAAAGAUAGUAGAAACAUGCAUGUAUUUGCUUACCGAUUUACGGUCAGAAGGAAUAGUGAUGGUCAUGCGUUUGCUCGAAUCGAUUUUGAGAUCAACAGGAAGCUAUGGGGUCGAACUAAUAAGACCAGCACUUUCAAAUAUUUUCAAGAAAGUCAAGGAGGAUGACGAAUGGCAAAUGGUAAUGUCGUCAUACCUAUCUGUUAUAGCUCGUGUCCUAAUUCUGGAUCAAAUGGUGUUCAUUCAAGAGUUAAACACAGCCACAUCGUUUGAGACAUUCACAAUAUUUGGAGAGCUUCUAGACAUUUGGCUACGGAAAAUGCCAUUAAUUGGACAACCAGAUAAACGAAAACUUUUGAGUUUAGCUCUGGCUAGUCUACUUUCCAUACAAGAUGACAUAAUUUAUCAACGCUUUGAUGUCAUAGUUCAGUGUAUUUGUGAGACUUUGAACGAUAUUAUGAAAGAAGAUUUAGAAGAUGAUGCAAAUAAACUAACUGACUCAUUAAUUUUAACCGACGAUACACCAAUAGACGACGAUGGUCUCUUCAAAAUGGAACACAUAUUCUACAGUACACAUCACUAUGAUCGAUGUCGUGCGCUUUGUAUGAAAGAUCCUGUUCAUACUGUGGUUUUGUUAAAUUAUUUUGAAUCGCAGCUAUAUCAAGCAAAGUGUGCUUUGGGAAAUGAACGUUUUACCGCACUAAUUUCAACAAUAGACGAGUCGAUAUUGAGAAAUCUAGCCGAAUACAAUAUCAACUUAGGCUGAAUCCUGAAAUUUUCUCUUUCAGAUCAUCACAGUCAAGAGAGUGUUAUAUUAUAAGUUUCUCAUGUGAAAUGAGAUAUAAAUUUUCGGAUCUAAAUCAUAUAUAUGAUAUAUUUUUUUUCAUAAUAACUCAUGGAUUUUCCAAUAAAAGUGAAUACAAAAUUAAAAUGGAAA